CAUCCCUCAGUUCUGGGCCUCCCUGCUUCUUCCGGGCCCCUCGUAGGACACCCAUGGAUAUUUUCACAAUGCCCCCCGCCAAUCCCACGACCGAUUCCAAAUCACAUGACAUACAGCAAUGUACACCCACAGGCACUCACGAACAACGCUGCCCCCUCGGCGUCGGCCGGUUUAAAUCCACCAUCGCAGACCAAGUCAGGAGGCUAUACCUUUGAGAAAUUCGUUGCUAAGGCUAAGUCGAUAUACCUUGUUAAGAUCGAUCCCUACAACAAGUACGAAUCGCCAGAAGAGUACACGAGGUGUCCAGAAAGAACGUGGGGUAUUUACGAGUACGACGCGUCAAACAAACUGAAUGCAACGAUUCUACAAUGGCUUUACCACAUCCAAAAGUUCGAGAAGGAGGAAGCGGUGGAGUUGCUAGGUGUAAGCGAGAAUAGUGAUUGGAUAGAGUGGGUCGGGGUGGCUAUAUUCCGAGGCCAAACGAUUCCGUUUCUUUCUGAAUCCGGCUGCACUCCAAAUGUGUACGAUCGUGUCAUGUCGUCUGCCAUGGAAAAGGGUAUGAAGGGGAAAGCUCAAGAAGAAGAAGAGGUAGAGGCUCGCGAGAACACGAAACUGAUAACGGAUGGAAACGAACUCAAGGAAGGGCGCCCGAAAGCUCCAAAGGUCAAGCACGUAGACGGAUUCAUCCCUUUCGAGCCCGAUAAACGAAACCGUUUCAGAGAACUUCUCGGAACAUUCGAUCAAGACACCUGGAAGAGCAAGAAAUGGUUCCUGGUGAGAUAUGCCCCAUCCUACGCCUUUACAGGGCAAUUUGAUGCAAGAGGACCCAUACAUGAGCUCAAGGAGACAGGUGGGGGUGAGGGCGUGAUCCUUAAGGAUGACAAUCCAGGCGGGAAAGAAAUGCGGGACUAUUUUGCGAACUUUCCUGGAAAGAUACAUGUCAUCGAAAUCACAGAAGAGUACUAUGAUGGAAAGCUCUAUCCCAAACUCUUCGGCCCCGGCAAGGAAGAUUUCAAUGGAGUCAGAGGCUGUACAGAAGAUGUGAGGAAUGAAUACGAGAAGCGAUUUCGAAGUCGAGAGGCUACGAAAGCAUGGGUCAAUGGAGGGACAUCAGAACUCCAAAAAGCUUCUGAUUCUAGCGAUGAUGAAACCGGUGAGCAGGAGUGAAGGGAAAUGUACCCAUUGGUGCGGGCCCUGGAUAUCUUGUAAUUUUGCAGUUUGCCACUUUGGUAACUCCCUUGUGGUCUUCCUUGGCAUCUCUCUUCUCCAUAGGCGGCCUUUUGGCGGACUUUCUUUCAUCAUUUUCUGUAAUUUAAUGUUUCCUUCCAUACUCAUGAUUUCGAGGUUUGUCUUGUGUUGUAUGCUUUACUUCGUGUGUAUACGGAGGGCUGUGCUGUUCGGCACCUGCUUCCAUAGAUAGUUUUCACUUUAAAAAAGUGC